UAUGAGCGGUGUGUCAGUUAUUCGGUAUAUAGGGCCUCGCGUUAUUCGUAGUUUACUGAAUGCACGGUGACUGAAUGAUAUCCCUUUUUAAUAGAAGUCUGCUUAGCAGGGCGCUCUGUUCUUCCAUUUGAAGUGUGCCUCACCGAAGGACCUCAGAAGUGUCACAGCCAGCCUUAAUCACCCCCACCUCUCUGGGCGUGCUCUGAGCGGAUAUGGCGCCCCGCAAGGCCCGCGCGCCCAAGGCGGCCGCGCUGCCGCCCUCGCUGCCGGCCGGCCUGGUGGUGACAGACCUGACGCGGCGCACCUGGCGCAUCGACGCGCCGAUCGGCUCCGGCGGCUUCGGCCUCAUCUACGGGGCCACGGCCGAGUCGGCGCCGCCGGCCGCCGGCGCCCAGUACGUCAUCAAGGUGGAGAGUCACGGCAGCGGGCCGCUCUUCUCCGAGAUGCACUGCUACAUGCGCGUGGCGCGCGCCGAGACGAUCGCCGCCUGGAAGAAGGCGCACGGUCUGAAGAAGUUCGGGAUGCCGCAGUUUGUCGCCAGCGGCUCGUUCGACCACGGCGGUCAGAAGUUCCGCUUCAUGGUGAUCGAACGGUACGGCACCGACCUGCAGAAGCUGCUGGAGCAGAACAACCACCGCUUCCCCAUGGCGACCAUCCUCCACAUCGGCAUCCAGGUGUUGGAUGUUCUGGAGUUUCUCCACAGCCAAGAGUACAUCCAUGGUGACAUCAAGGGCCAGAACCUCCUGCUUGGGCUCGAUAAAGACACAAAAGACUUGGUACACCUGGUCGACUUUGGCCUGGCGUGCCGGUACGCCUUCGACGGCGUGCACAAAGAGUACAAGCCGGACGUGCGGAAGGCGCACAACGGCACCAUAGAGUUCACCAGCCGGGACGCGCACAUCGGCGCCCAGUCGCGGCGCGGCGACCUGGAGAUCCUCGGCUACAACCUGCUGCAGUGGGCCAGCGGCACGCUGCCCUGGAUGGACCGGCUGCAGAACGCCGAGCGGGUGGCAGACGAAAAGAACCGGCUCAUGGCUAACGUCCCGGCACUCGUCAAGGCCUGCUUCAAGAACGGGAUGCCGAAAGGAGCCGACACUCUGCAGCGGUUCCUGGCGGCCGUUGCCGCUCUGAAGUUCGACGAGCAGCCCAACUACUCCGCACUGCGCGGCGUUCUGCACGCCGGGCUCAAGUCGCUGGGAAACCCGCCCGCCCGGCUGGUCUUCGUAGCCGACUCGGACAUGUCGAGCCCGCGGUCGUCGGGCCGCGCCGCCCGGGACCGCUCUCCGCUGCACACGGACCAGGAGCCGGCCUCGUCUCGCCGCCGGCCGGCCGCCGCCGCCAAGAGAGGAGGACGGGGACGCGGCCGCGCCGCCGCCGUGUCCUCACACUCUUCCUCCGAGGGAGAGGAGGAAGAGGAGGAGGAGCCGCCCCCUCAGCCGCUGGUGAACGGUCGCGGCGGAGGAAAGGGCGCGAAGGGAGGCGCGCGCGGGAAGAAGAGGGCGUCUGAGGAGAGUCCGGAGGAGAACGGGGCGGCGCCCGGACGCAGCAACGGCGCCGGGAAGAAGGCCAGGGUGAACGGCAAGGCGGACUCGGCCAAGUCCAGUGCCAACUCCUCCAGCACCGGCUCCAUCUACGACAACAUCAACCCGGCCAUGCAGGAGGUGCUCGACAAGAGGGCCAAGGCCGCCGAAAAGGCCAAGGCCAAGCCAAAGCAGUCAGUGGCCAAGUCGAAACUGAAGUCGUCGGCUGCAACUUCCGCCGCCAGUCGGGCGGCGAAGGGCCGGGCCGCGGCGGUGGCUGCCGACUCCCCCUCGGGCCGGGCGGCCGGCCGGCGGGUGGCCUCGCCGGGCCGGGGCCGCGCCGGCCGGCCGGCCGUCCCCGAUACCAACGGGGACAGCGAAGACAGCUUCCACACGCCGUCGGGCGCGCCGGCCCCGCGGCGCAGCGGCCGACUGAGCGGUAGUGGAGCCCUCAGCCCGCUGGCGCAGCCCCGCCGGGCCAUCCGCGGCGCCGACCUGUCGCCGGAACUGUGGUGAGGUGUCGACAGGGCGCCAGGAGGAUCCGCGGUGAAUCGGUGAGAGCAGACACUGCCGGGAGAGGAUUCAUGGUAGACACUGCCCGGAAAGAAUCUUUGGCGAACUGGUGAGAGCCGGAUAGCUAAGGAGGGUCCCUGAUAACCUGUCGUGGCGCCGACCACUGAGGAUAGUUCUCGCUUCACUGUGGAGUGGACGGGUGAGCCGCUGCUCGGUGGAAGAGAAGACUCCCGACUAGGCGGCCUGCCAGGACGAGUGAGACAUUCCGUUUGGUGCCGAUGUGGAGCUGACGGCAGUGGAUGGUCGCGGCCGCCGGUGAGUGACAAGCUGUGGUGGACGCUGUGGAGAUUCAGUGCAGUGGGCGAGGAUGGCUCGGUGCGGUGGAGAUUCAGCGCAGUGGGCGCUGAUGUUCGUAUGGUCACACGCGGCUGGAGCCUUGAUGUGAGUUUUCCCAGGGAGCAGUUGCCAAGGCGCGAUGACUGUGAAGUGGCUGACGUCGACAUGGAGCCUAGCGCUCGGUUCUGGAGGUUCCUAACCGCCACCCGUUCGACUGGCGACGCUGUGAUGUGGACACUGUCGUGAGGUGUUGUCGAUCUGUACAGUCCGCUCGGACGCCGGCGGGUCGGGCCGGGUACCACGGGUUACGGGGCUCGGUUCGCUCCUCACCCCGCCCCCCGACGGCCAGUGAGGCGGAGGGCGCCUCGCGACGAGCUUCGGGCGCGCCCGGAGCGCUCGGAUAGCGCGCCGGGCACCGCGCGUUUCAAUGUAGAGCUGUGAUUUGCUGACUGAGGGUGCGAUGGUCAUUGCAAGAUUCUCAUUCCCAUCGAUGUGUCGUUUUUUAUUCCUAGAAGAUAUGUCUCCUUUUCUGCACGUAUUCUUCAGUGGCUACUGUGCUAAUAACUAUGUUUUGCUAAUGAAACCUGUUUAUGCAGUUUCGCAUUUAGAAGGAGCAUUGAAGAAGACGCGAUUCACCAAAAGUUGAACGUCUUUCGCAACAAUCAGUUGACACGGGUUUGACACAAACUCAUCCGUUGUAUCAAAAGAUUUGUUUGACAUCCUGAAUGUUAGCUCCUAACUGCUUUCCCUUAUCGCUUCACCUCAGAGUGACUGAGUUGUGAGCUGCUUCCUGUACAAUGUUGUUUUUCACCGUGCGUAUCAAACGUGGACUAUGAAUUUCACUUUCAGCGCGAGACUUCGCAUUUUUUACGCUCUUGUCCUAUAUGUUGUAAUAAAAUGGCUUCGAAAUGCA